AUGGCGGCCACCUAUAAGCAGUUCCUGGCUGCGCCCAGCUCGUCGCUGCUGGCUGACACCGCGUCGCUGCACUAUGUGACGACCACCACGUCCAUUUCUGGCCCGACUGCCAUCAUCAAGCAUAUCAAUGUUCUGCAGAAGCAGAUCGCCAAGAAGAAGGAGGACAUCCUUAACAUUGUCGACGGCCAGAACAUGAUUGUUCUCGAGAUCGACACCGGCUUGGGCUUCCUGACCGGCGGCGGUCCCUACCUCCCGGGCCUCGACGACAACUUCCUGACUACCAAUGAUGCCUACCUCCCAAUUACUCACUUCGUGUCAUUCGAUGAAGCCGGCAAGAUUACCCAGAUUCGCCUCCAGUGGGAUCAAGGUUCGCUCCUCAAGCAGGUCGAUGUCAUCGGAAAGUCAGGUCGCAACUGGCCCAUCAUCGAUAGCAGAGAGCAGAUCUCGUUCAUUCAGGCCUGUCUCAAGUCCUCCGGGACCAUGGCGCCUAUCGCCCCUACCCACAACGAGUCCAUCAUCCGAACACGAGGCAACUCUAACAAUGCUCUUCGGGACCCGCACGCGUCCCUGCAGCUUUUCGGGCCUCGUGAGGAGAUCGAGGCUCCCCCACCUGGUAACGUCAUGACACCCUAUGGCGGCAGUCGACCUCGACAGCGCUCCUUCACUGAGAUACUGGGCGACGAGCCUGUCGAAGGCGAUUCUCCGAGCGCAAACCGCCAUCGAUCCAUGUCCCCGAGCAAGGGCGGCCAGGGUAAAAACUUCAAGCCCUCGCGAAUCUUUGAUGGCCAGCAGCAAAUCAAAGAGGUCGAGGAGCCCAAGACCAAGGUCAACCGAGCAAUCCGCCCCAAUCCCAAGAAGUUCUCUCACUUUGAUUUCGCCGACGGUACUGAUCCCCAGGACGCCCCCGUGCCCGGCCAAUCGUUUCACGACAGACCCAAGUCCAAGCACGACAGCCAAUGGUCCUUUGACGACUUUCAGACUCCCCAGAAAAUCCAGCCCUCCAAGACCAUGCGGACCCAAGACGCCCGUCAUUGGGACGACAAGACCCUCGUUGGCGAGACCCCGGCCCAACUAGCCGCUAGGCCCCGACGCGAUGCCGAUACCCAUUUCGAGCUCCAGGAUGACGGUGAGAGAGUGCCCCACCCUGCGCGACCCGGUGCCAAACCCCCAGGCUUCACCCACAACGAAGGUCUUGGCCUAUACAAAAACCAGCUGUUUGACAGAGAAGAUCCAGAUUCAGGACCGGACCGUGCUCUAGGAAACAUUACCAACCUCAAGGACCGCGGCAAGACCUUUGAACACCACUUCAACAUCGCCGACGAUUCCCCCUCCCAAACCCACACCGCCCACCACGUUCCUGAGGGUCACAAGAAAGCUGUCCAGAUGAUGAAUUCCAACUGGUCAUCCUACGAACCGUCUCCUGCCCCCCGGAAGGAGAACAAUCCUACCAAGAACGCAAAAGAUGGCAUUCACAUUGCUGGCGACGGAAUGGGAGGACGAGCGGGAACGAACCGAGACUGGCUCUACGGCGAGUCUGCCGAUGUUCCUCAGUCCAUUCCCGGCCGCAAACCCAAUGCAGGCCCAGCCUCCGAG